AUGGCGCCCAGAAAUCGCGGGGGUCGACCGACCCUCAGCCAAGGUUUAGAUCGUGAGGUCUACCAGGUUGUGCGCAAAAUUAUCGAUGACGAGCCCGACGGAGUUGAUCGAGUCCGAUUGACGGUCCCAGUUAUUUAUGGCCGAAUCCGAGGAUCAAAUUCCAGCUUGAACAGGAAGCCCAAGCGUCUGUUGGAAGAUAGUCUUGAACGGGUCCUGGAAGUCAUCAAGGCCGACUUAUUUGGAGACGAGGAGGAAGACUCGGUGGAGGGAGAUUUCGAAGGAUUGGAAGAGCCUCCGGUCGUGGAGCCCAAUGGCGUGAAUCAAAGUAUUGUUGGCGCGUGGACAACGACAACAGCUUCCAAAACGACAGCUACGCCCAAAGCCGAGUCCACGACCACCUCCAAGUCUUCUAAGCGUCGGCAACAUGGGAGCGAGUCGGCCUCGAAGCGGCGCAAGGCCGAUGCUGCGGUUGAUCGGUCACCACCAACCCAUGUCAGUCUCGCCGACUUGGGUGGCCUAGACGAAGUCAUUCAGGAACUGGGCGACUUGGUUAUUUUGCCAAUGACACGGCCACAAGUAUAUCUGUCAUCGAACGUGCAGCCCCCGCGAGGUGUUCUGCUCCAUGGACCGCCUGGUUGCGGUAAGACCAUGAUUGCCAAUGCGUUCGCGGCAGAACUUGGUGUACCUUUUAUUGCCAUUUCCGCCCCUUCAAUCGUCUCUGGCAUGUCCGGUGAAUCUGAAAAGGCUUUGCGUGAGCAUUUCGAAGAAGCCAAGCGUCUUGCGCCUUGCCUGAUUUUCAUCGACGAGAUCGAUGCGAUUACACCCAAGCGUGAGAGUGCGCAAAGGGAGAUGGAGAAGCGAAUUGUGGCUCAGCUCCUGACAUGUAUGGACGAGAUCGCGCUCGAAAAGACGGAUGGCAAGCCCGUCAUUGUUCUCGCGGCAACCAACCGGCCCGACAGCUUGGAUGCUGCUCUGCGUCGAGGUGGACGCUUUGACAAGGAAAUCAACAUGACUGUGCCUUCGGAGCCCGUGCGAGAGCAGAUUCUGCGAGCAUUGACUCGCAAGCUGAGAUUAGCAGACGAUCUUGAUUUCAAAACGCUCGCCAAGCGUACACCUGGGUUUGUUGGUGCGGAUCUGAACGAUCUUGUCUCGACGGCCGGUGCGGCCGCUAUCAAGAGAUACCUUGAUAUUCUCAAAUCGAACAGUGGCGACGACAUGGAAAUGGAAAUCGAGACAGAUGAGGCCGAGGACAUUCUCAGCCCCAAGGUUCGGGAAUUGCGCCGUCUCAUCUCUCAUGCCAAGGAGAAUCCAAUUGGCGACGAGACAGAAACGGUGUUCGUCUCCAACGCCGACUUUUUCACUGCGCUGCCCAAGAUCCAGCCCUCAUCCAAGCGUGAAGGCUUUGCCACCAUACCCGACACGACCUGGGCAGACAUUGGUGCCCUGGGCGGCAUUCGCGAAGAACUAUCAACUGCCAUCGUGGAACCGAUCAAGAACCCUGAUGUUUAUGCUAAGGUGGGUAUCACCGCGCCUACAGGCGUGCUCCUCUGGGGACCACCAGGUUGUGGUAAGACACUUCUGGCCAAGGCCGUGGCCAACGAGUCGCGCGCCAACUUCAUCAGCGUCAAGGGACCCGAGCUGCUCAACAAAUUCGUCGGAGAGUCGGAACGGGCCGUUCGCCAAGUAUUUGUUCGCGCGCGCUCAUCAAUCCCCUGUGUCAUUUUCUUCGACGAGCUGGAUGCCCUCGUACCUCGUCGUGACGACACCCUGUCCGAGGCCUCCGCCCGCGUCGUCAAUACCCUUCUCACCGAGCUGGACGGCCUCGGUAGCAGUCGCCAGGGCAUCUACGUGAUUGCCGCGACCAACCGGCCCGAUAUUAUCGAUCCGGCGAUGCUUCGACCCGGUCGUCUGGAGACACUCCUGUUCGUCAAUCUGCCCUCGCCGCUCGAACGCGUGGAAAUCCUCCAGACACUGGUGCGCAAGUUGCCCAUCGAAUUCACCGAGGACAUGCGCCGACUCGCAGAGGAGUGUGAGGGAUACAGUGGUGCGGAUCUGGGCAGCUUACUCCGUCGGGCGGGUUACUCGGCGAUCAAGCGUCGCGAUACUAUUCACCUGGAGGACUUUGUUGCCGCCAAGGCGUUUAUUCGUCCUAGUGUGACGGAUAUGAAGAAAUAUGAGCGUCUGCGGAGGGACUGGGGUAGUGGAGCUCCUUGA